UUCCUGAUGUGCACAGGGAAGGUUUUAUCAGUGGCAGUUUAGCCAUAUAUUUGCCUACUCACUACCAAAUGCUCAUGACAGAACAUAAGUAAGAGGAAAUGGCAACCGAGCACUCCAAACUUAAAAGUCAUCGUCAUCAGAUUGGGGACAUGCAAGGAGGGCCCACCCAGUAUGGCGCCAUUCCAUCGACUGCUGACUCUGAUGAUGAACCCAUCUGUUCCACCUUUGAGGAGAGGGUAGCCGUCCCAACCGAUGACUCUGAGAUAUUUAGCUUUCGCAAGCUGUGGGCCUUCACAGGACCUGGAUUCCUUAUGAGUAUUGCCUUUUUGGAUCCUGGGAAUAUAGAAUCUGACCUCGAUUCAGGGGCCAUAGCUGGGUUUCAGCUCCUGUGGGUACUUUUGCUGUCCACUGUCAUCGGCCUUCUACUACAGAGACUGGCUGCUCGUCUUGGCGUGGUCACAGGGAUGCACUUGGCAGAAGUCUGCAAACAAGAGUACCCCUGUGGUCCUCGUAUAAUCCUGUGGUUGAUGAUAGAAGUGGCCAUCAUUGGUUCAGACAUGCAAGAGGUCAUCGGUACUGCCAUCGCUUUCAAUCUGCUGUCUGCUGGAAGAAUCCCUCUGUGGGGUGGAGUAAUCAUCACCAUUGGAGACACACUUAUUUUCCUUUUCUGUGAUAAGUGGGGGCUGAGGAAGCUGGAGGCUUUCUUUGGCUUUCUUAUCACUGUCAUGGCUGUCACCUUUGGAUAUGAGUAUGUGAUUGUGGCUCCAAACCAGGCGGAGGUGCUGAAGGGUAUGUUUGUUCCAUACUGUCGGGGCUGUGGAUCAGCACAGCUAGAACAGGCUAUAGGAAUAGUUGGAGCUAUAAUAAUGCCUCAUAACAUCUACCUGCACUCAGCCCUCGUUAAGUCGCGGCAGAUAGACCGAGCUAAUAACAGAGAGGUAAAAGAGGCCAACAAGUACUUCUUCAUUGAGGCCAGUAUCGCACUCUUUGUCUCCUUCCUCAUCAAUGUGUUUGUGGUGGCUGUCUUUGCUGAGGCUUUUUAUGGAAAAACAAAUAUGCAGGUGAGGCAACAGUGUAACCAGUCAGGAAGUUCGUACGCAGGCCUCUUCCCCUACAACAAUGAAACAUUGGAAGUCGACCUCUACAAAGGGGGUGCAGUCCUGGGUUGUUACUUUGGCCCUGCAGCGCUUUAUAUUUGGGCUAUUGGAAUCCUUGCAGCGGGACAAAGCUCUACCAUGACAGGCACAUACGCUGGCCAGUUUGUGAUGGAAGGUUUUCUUACACUCAACUGUUCCCGCUUUGCUAGAGUGCUGGUGACACGCUCAAUUGCUAUUGUCCCCACCCUACUGGUGGCCUUCUUCCAGGAUUUAAAGGACCUCACUGUCAUGAAUGACUUAUUGAAUGCACUGCAGAGCAUACAGUUGCCGUUUGCUUUAUUCCCGAUUCUGACUUUCACCAGCCUGACGAGAGUUAUGAAUGAUUUUGCUAAUGGACUAGUGUGGAAAAUUGGUGGAGCUCUGACCAUCCUGGGCAUCUGUGUAAUAAAUAUAUACUUUGUGGUGGUCUAUGUGACUGGUCUCAACAGUAUAGCAGUCUAUGCCAUCACUGCUGUCCUCUCUAUUGCCUAUGUGUUUUUCGUUGUUUACCUGGCGUGGAAGUGCUUGAUUGCCCUUGGUGUCUCCUGUCUGGAUGUAAGCUGCAGAAUGAGGAACCCAAGAUCAGUUCUUGUUGAGGAUCAAUUAGACUCAGAUUCUUAAGCAGAUGGUUGGGACCAGUGCAAGCCACUAGCAGGAAAACAUUUUUUGGAAUUUUACUAAAUAUCACCUUUUUAUUAAAUAUUGCACAGUAGUGUUUUAACAUUAACACUUUCUGUUGCAAUAUAUGGCAACAGAUUCUGUAGAGUCUGGUCUGAGUACAUUUAUUCUACAGUCUAGUAAGCACUUUAAAAUAAUGGUUCCAAAAUGGUUCUUGGCUUGGUCAUACAGUUAGGAAAAAACUUUAGUUGGUGUGGAAUAUUUGCAUGAUAUGGAGGUUCUUCAAACUUCAACACCUAUAUCUCACUUACGAAAAUUGUUCUUGGAGAAAUCAUCCAUUGGAAGGUCCUUUGGGGAGCCAAUUGUGGUUCUUCUACAGCAGAAGUCUUUAUCCUUGGUCCUGGAUUUUGUAUUCUCUACAGGGUAUGGUACUAGGUGGCCAAUUGGUUAUAUCAACUGUUUAAUAAAUCAUUUAAGGCCGAUGUUAAUCUGCCCUCUCAGUUAAUACAAUGUAAUGUCAUUUAACAAAACUGAAAAUGCAUAGAUUUAAAUUUUUGUUAGUGUCACAAACUACUUUUUUGAACAAAAAAUGCACGAAUAGAAAUAUAAAUCACACAUUAUUUACAUUAUCUGUAGUUACUCUGAUUAAAUACAACAAAAAUAAGUGUUUGCCAAUCCAAACUGCACUGAAAAUGAGUUCAUGUGCUCACUUGGGAAAAAUCACAGCGCAUCCAACAAUAAUAAAAGACUUUACAUAAUAGAAGCAUAUUUAAUAUAAUGAUAGAAAACUUGUUAGCACAGAUUUCAUAAUUCCAUUUCGCAAUGGCCAGUGUGGACGUGUACAUGCCAUUACUCUUCUGGCGGCACAUUUAAAUGAGUUAAGGGAAAAGUCUCUGAAUGGAUUUUUUUUUAACAAUUGGUAUUUGAAUAUUCCAAAGAGAAACCAUACUAUUUUAUUGUGUUAUUCAUGCCAAGCAGUGCUCUGGAACAGUAACCCUGGUGUUCUUUGUUUGUAAUAUAAUCAUGAACAAAUACUAUCCAACCAUUUCAUUAUGUUUUUGAAUAACUAUGCGUUGUCCUAAUACACAUCUAUGUUUAUUUCUGAGGCAUCCUCAGUGAUUUUGUUUUAAACUGGGCCUGGUUCUAUGGCAUGGCCCCAAAGGACCUUUUUGGUACCUUUGUUUUAAAUAGUGAACAAGUUUCUGUAUACUGACUGCAUGUUCAUAAGCUGUUUGACAUAUUGUUGUAAUUAACUGUACAGUACCUAAAUAGCACUCUAACCAUCUUUUAAUCUAUUACACCACAGGAAGUCUAUAGCAACAAAUUAUACAUUUAGAGGAUGAGCUAAUAAAAUAGUCAGCCUUAUUUAAAGUGUUACUCUUAAAUAGUUCCACUGUCUAUAACAAUAUCUUGUUCCUGCAUCACAAAUAUAUUGAUGGUUUUUCCCAUGCACACCUCCAGAGGUCGCAUUAUCCCCAAUAUUGAGCUGUUUGCGACCUGCUGCUGCAACCAACCGUCCCUUAAUCUAGGGGCUUUAUAUAUUCACACUGGUCAGUCUCUCUUUGUGAAGUCUUUGUAUGUUUUCGGAUUAUGAGUUGGAUUUCUUUGCAUGGACUUCAUCUGGUCAUCUGUUUUAUUUAAUGUAUCAGCUUCUAGUUGGCUUUUAAACCUGUACUUGCAUUCUACUAGUUUGAUAGGAUCUGUUACUUCCUGGUCCUCCCUGACAAGUUAAAAAGAACAAUGCAAAUGCUACAAAAAGAUAUAUUAAAUAAGGCUAUUAGCUUUAAGCAUGUAAUAUAAUAAACAUGCUGUUUUGUCAAAAAAACAUAUUAUUACUAUAAUAUUGGAUACUGAAAAAUGGUUCAUGCUCAAAAUACGUAAUAAUAAAAGUGGUUGCACAGAACUGAAAUAUCACAUCAGCACAACUGUUAUCUUUAAGUUUCCUUUUUUGGUGAGAAUCGUGUUGAUUUAUUUACUUUUUGUUCAUGUGCGACUGCUUGACAUAUUUUAAUCAUAUAUAUUCAAGAUGCCAUUUUUGUUUUUUUUUCAGCAUACUUCUGAUUAUUAACCUUUCCAGUCAGUUUAUUAGGAGUCGUGUCAUUAGUCUCUGUUACGUGUAAGCAUGUAUUGUUUUUUUUGUGUGUGUGUGUGUGUUUGUGU